GACAUUGGGGAGCCGUCUAGCACAGGGUUACAGGCAAGUCCCCAGCAAAACCCCAAUAGUUCACCAACGGUCCACAUCCAGCGGACAAAAAGACAAAAGAUUCGAUGGUUGGGAUCUUCCAACUUGAGAUAUUUUAUGGGCACGGUCCAUCCAUGGUGAGGGCCAUCGGAUUAAUGGCUAGGAUGAACAAUCAUUGUCCCACGUGUACAAAUUCGGUGCACAACGCGGACUCGGCCUCAGCUCUCUCUAUCUGCGAUUCAAAACCCUGAUUCCCACCAACCCCACUUCGAUUCCCAAACCCCAACCCUUGUUCCCGCCAAAAUCUGUUUGUCGUUGAAAGCUGGUUUGCUAGGGUUCCUCCCUCCCCCCCCAACUCCCUUUUUAGGGUUUUGUCUGUCAUUUGGAAAGCAUCAUCUUCACCUGCCAAGAUCUGAGAAAAGAACCUCAAAACUAUCGUAGCGAUGAUGGAAGUCGAUCGGAUCGAUGGCCGUUCUCCGAACCAGCUGAGGCCGCUCGCUUGUUCUCGAAAUCUCCUUCACCGUGCUCAUGGUUCGGCCCGCUGGUCCCAAGGGGAUACUAUAGUAUUGGCGGCAGUGUAUGGGCCCAAAGCUGGAACAAGAAAGAAUGAAAACCCUGAGAAGGCUUCAAUUGAGGUUAUUUGGAAGCCAAAAACAGGGCAGAUUGGCAAUGCAGAAAGGGAGUAUGAGAUGAUCCUUAAGAGAACAUUGCAUAGCAUCUGCCUUUUGACGAUACAUCCAAACACCACAACCUCUGUUAUACUUCAGGUUGUCAACGAUGAUGGUGCUCUUCUCCCAUGUGCCAUGAAUGCGGCCUGUGCUGCCCUUGUUGAUGCUGGGAUUCCUUUAAAACAUCUUGCUGUUGCAGUAGGUUGUGGUCUGGUCGAAAGUGGAUCUGUGAUUCUGGAUCCAACCAAACUAGAAGAGCAGAAAAUGCAGGCCUUUGCUUAUUUGGUCUUCCCCAACUCAACUCUCUCUGUCCUUCCAAAACCACUACAGGCAGAAGACGAACAAAUGGAGCAUGGGAUCAUCACCUCUUUCACCCAUGGUGCAAUGCCAGUGGACGACUAUCUUCACUGCCUAGAACGAGGCCGUUCUGCGAGCACAAAGAUCUCAGAGUUCCUCAGGAGAAGCUUGCAGUCACAGGUUUUGGGGUGACCCUUCCAAGGCCAAUGUGUAAAUCAUGACAUGUUCACUUAUAAGAGAAAAUUUCGAUAAUGAAGAUCUGAUCCGAUGGAGUUCAUAUGAAUACUGUCAGGAGAUGGAGUUAAGAUUGAAGUCAUUCCAACCUAUUCAUCCAAGCUCACUGUUGGUGUAGGCGGGUUUAGAUACAUACUGGGCAUUUGAUUUCUUCACUUGAACAACAAAAACAUGGGUACAAAACCCACUUUGGGGCUGUUUAGGUGACAUAUUUUUUCUUUGUUUCUUGGUAUAACUGGGGAUGCUUUUGAAGAGUCUGUAGUGUUUGUUUUGUUUUGAAGAGAUUACAAGCUGAACAAAGCGCUGUUGUAGCCUUAUGAGGAUAACAAAAGCCUUGGGUCUUGAUUUAAUUGCCAGUUUUUAAUGA